AUGACCAUGACAGAGGAAACAGACUCAGUUCCAUCGGAACAUUCGAAACGUGUUUAUCAGGGAGUCCGAGUCAAGCACACGGUUAAAGAUCUGCUGGCAGAGAAAAGGUCACGACAGACUAAUGUGCCCUUCAAGUAUAAUACAGGAACUAACUCUUCCCAACCAUCAACUUAUGUCCAAAUGUCUGGUUCCCAUGUUAUACCCAGCUACUAUGGUGUAAGAAGACCUUAUCUAUCCGAUUCUGACCUGCCCCAUUGCCAUUCAUCCAAACAGUACUCAGCAGAUGUGUACUCAUCCUCACUGAGCAGCAAGUCCUUUGGGUGUGACCCACCAGCGGUAUCUGGGUAUCAACAUCUGUUUGAUCCAUACAUUACAGAAACGUUUGGAGAUUACCGCACACCGACUUUCCCAUCUGCAACAAGUUCCAUCUUCACGCCUCAACCUCUCACGCCUCUCAUCCCUUCUUUUCCCAAUGAGUCAUCUCAUUUCCUGUUGAGAGACUCCUGGGACAGUGUGCAAGAAACUGUCAGCCAGGGCGACGCAAUUUGCGACACGCUCCAGCAAAUGCAGGCAACAGCAGCUAACUGUCAAUCACAGCACCAUGGCAACCACUCCCUGCCUGACACUGACUCUGCCUCUCCAUCCCAGUACAAGAGUAUUUCUCGGAACAGCAGCGGGCCAAGCCAGAGUUCCCAGCCCUACUCUCUUCACCCGCUGGAGGAGAUGCAUUUCAGCUCCGGUUACCCAGUCACCUCAGCCUACGGGUGCGCCCCAUUCAUGACUGUACCCUCGGAGCUGGCGGCCAAGACCAUCCAUCUCUCAUCCGAAGAAUCAGCGGACACCACAGCCACUUCCAUGCUUGACAUGUCCUCUUGGGCAAAAGAAGAUACCAGCACCAGCUGGCCUUUGUAUGAAGUUAGGCGGACCUAUUAA